AGUCUCGAGUGAAGUGCGUGAGAGAACACUGCUAUAUUAACUUAAAAAAAAAUUUAAUUAUUUUUUAAACGUCGUGUAUUUAACAAAAGUGCGUGUUGUUUAUUAAGUGUAUUUUAAAAUUAAUAAAUAAAUUAAAUUAACAAUAAUUUUACAUAAAUAAAUAUUUUAAUUAAUUUAUUUUUUUUUAAUUUUAUUUAUCAUUUAUUUUAAACAAACUGUGUAUGAAAAUUUUACUAAAUUUAAAUAUAUUUUUUAAAUUAAAAAAAAAUUUUAUAGAUAAAUUUUAAAUAAUGGUAAAUUUUAUAAUAAUUAUAAUUUCAAAAUAUAUAUUUAAUUUUAUUGAUAUUGUUUUAAAAAUUGACUGUAAAUUUUUGACAUUAAUUUGAAAUAUGAGUAGAUAUUACUGUCAGUACAAACGAGUUACUGCAAAUGAGGGUACAUCUAACAUAUCAGAUUUAAUACAAAUCACCAGCUGAAAUACAAUGUGGGCCAACCUUUCUCGAUCAUUUUAACUAACGAUCCAAUGAUUUCUUUCGAGAUAUACAUUGUAGAUAAAUUAUAGCUAUAUAUCUGAAGGAAAAAAAAUAAAAUAGCCUAGCUUAUCUCUAGCCACGUUGAGUUUAUUUUUUUCUAAUUUUUUUUUUACUCAAUAUGUUUCAUUCGCAUAAAGCUCUAUACCGUCAUUCAAGUUGGUGUACAAUAAACUUUUCCAUGAAUGUCCUUGAUAUAUAUCAAAUAAAUAUAUACUUUUUUUUAUUAACAAAAUACUUUUAAUAUUUUUAUUUUUCAUUUAAAAAAAUUUAAUCUAGUUGAAAAAUUUUUUUAAUCAUAAAAUUUUAUUAUAUAUGUAUAGAAAAUCUUGUUAAUUGUAUUUUGUCUAUGUUAGAUUUUCAAAGUUUCUAUCAGCACUGGGACAUUAUCGAUUUCAAAGCACAUAGUUUCAUUGAAACUUUUACUGUAUAAUUUAGUUUAAACUUUGUUAUCUUUAAAACCAAAUUGAUGCUGACCCAACUAAUUAUCCUUGAAAAAAAAAAAAUUUAAAUAGGAAACAAAUUUUUUAUUUAUUUUUUUCAUUGAUUAUAAUUAUUUUCUUUUAUAUGAGCAUAUAAAAUAGGUUAGUUUAUUUAAAUUAUCUGAAUAUAUAAUCAUCAUGAAUACCGCAAUUUUUUGACAAAAAUUUAUGACUCAUAGUGUUCACAGGAAAAGCUUUGAAAGCGCUUUCUUCAACUGUGUAGAAUGGCUGCUUCAUUUUCAAUUUUUUUUUUUAUUUUUCACCAGCGAACUUCUUCUUUUUUUUUUUCUUUCUUUUAUUUUUUGCUACUCGAGUAUUUCUAAGGGUCGUGUCUCUACCACACGCUUGUACAUUGAAGAGCCGUUUUCAGAAAAGUAGGACGAGCUAUGAGGCGUCUGAAAAGUGGAAUAGCUUCGUCAUUUAUACGUAGUUAUUUAUUUUUUUUUUUUUUUGUUCAAAUCUAAACAUAAAAUGAAAAAGAAAAAACUUAUCACUCUUGGGAAAAUGUUUUCAAUUGUUAAUGCAUUGUCGUGAGGUGAUACACUUACUACCUCAAUGAAGAGAUAAAUUUUUUAUUCAGUAUAUUUAUUUUAAUGAUUAUUUUAUUUCAUAAUAGCUACACCCCUUUAUGUAAACACAAUAAUAAAAAAAUUUUAAAUUCAAGUGCAUUUGUAAUUCGAUACGAUUUUUUCAUGCCAAUAAUUUGUUUAUUUUAUUUUCUUUAUUUUAAUUUUUAACUUGGAAAAAAUUAUUUUCUUUUUUUUUUUUUUUUCAAUUGCAUUAAAAAGUUUUUCUAUUACUGCUUUAUUGACUUUUAAAAAUUAAAAUAAAAAGAAAAUAUUUUUUAUUAUUUUUUUUAAAACUUAAAUAUAAUAUAUAUUUUUUAAUUUUUAACUGGAUAAGGGUUGUAGCUUUUGAUGGCACUUGGAGCUUUAAUCCUAAUCCAAUCAUAAAGUAAAAUUUUUUUUUAUUUUAAUUUAUUUUCUAUACACAGAUUGUUUAAUAUAAAUUUUUAUCAUUGAAAUUUAUCAAUAGAAUAAUUAAGUAAAUAUAAAAUAAACUUUUAAUAAAAGGAAUAAAAAUAAUCAUCACAGUGGGGAAAAAUAAGUUUCAUAAUGCCCCCAAUAAUUGGGGAAACUCUACGUAUAUGGUUUUUCUCGGCAUUAGUUAUACACGGUGUAGUUGCCGGUAAUCCAGAUGCAAAACGUCUCUAUGACGAUUUAUUAUCAAAUUACAAUAAACUUGUGCGACCAGUUGUUAAUACAUCAGAUGUAUUACGUGUUUGUAUCAAGCUCAAAUUAUCACAGCUCAUCGAUGUGAAUCUUAAGAACCAAAUUAUGACGACUAAUCUCUGGGUUGAACAGUCAUGGUACGACUACAAACUUCGAUGGGAGCCAAAAGAAUACGGUGGUGUUCACAUGCUACACGUACCUUCAGAUCAUAUUUGGCGACCUGAUAUUGUCCUCUAUAACAACGCGGACGGAAACUUCGAGGUGACCUUGGCCACGAAGGCAACAAUCUAUCAUCAAGGCUUGGUCGAAUGGAAACCACCAGCUAUAUACAAGAGUUCAUGUGAAAUUGACGUUGAAUAUUUUCCAUUUGAUGAGCAGACCUGCGUUCUCAAAUUUGGCUCAUGGACCUACGAUGGUUUCAAGCAUGCAUUAUUGAAUGUUUUCCUGCAGGUGGACCUGAGACACAUGGAUGAACAAACUGGCAGUAAUGUCGUUGAUGUUGGUGUUGAUUUGUCCGAGUUUUAUAUGUCAGUCGAGUGGGAUAUCCUCGAGGUACCAGCAGUCAGAAAUGAAAAAUUUUAUACUUGCUGUGAUGAGCCAUAUCUUGAUAUAACAUUUAACAUAACACUGAGAAGAAAAACUUUGUUUUACACAGUCAACAUAAUAAUUCCAUGCAUGGGAAUAUCUUUUCUCACUGUACUGACAUUUUAUCUUCCAAGUGAUAGUGGUGAAAAGGUGACAUUAUCGAUUUCGAUUCUCAUCAGUCUCCACGUGUUUUUUCUACUUGUCGUUGAAAUAAUACCACCAACGUCACUAGUCGUACCUCUACUUGGAAAAUAUCUCAUAUUUGCAAUGAUACUUGUUUCAAUAAGUAUAUGCGUUACAGUUGUUGUGUUGAAUGUACACUUUCGUUCACCACAAACACACAAAAUGGCACCAUGGGUAAAGAGAGUAUUUAUUCAUAUAUUACCAAGAUUACUUGUUAUGCGAAGACCACAGUAUAAAUUUGAGCCAAGCAAAUUUUCAUCAAGUCGUGUAUUAAUGAAAACAGCAAGAGGUAAACAAAAAAGUUAUUUUCCAUAUCAUUCAUCAAGUCAAGAAGACGUGGAAGAUCAUUUUGCCUCAAAUAGAUUUUCAAGUCUUCCAGUUUCAAAAGAGGAUCUAUCACCAUCAAGUUUGGCUGGUACAUCGAGGUUUGGUGGAAGUUGCAUGAUUCAUGGUCCAAUACAAUCAAUACCACUUGGUGAUGAAGACAUUGAAGAAGCAGCUGGUAUUGAUGAAAUUAAAAGUCCACCAGUUUUACGAGCAGCACCAUUAUUUUCACACUCAAAUUGUCCACCAGAAAUUCAUAGAUCUUGUCUAUGUGUUAGAUUCAUUGCUGAACAUACUAAAAUGCUUGAAGAUUCAACAAAAGUUAAAGAAGAUUGGAAAUAUGUUGCAAUGGUAUUAGACAGAUUAUUUCUUUGGAUAUUUACACUGGCUGUAUUGGUUGGUACAGCUGGUAUAAUCCUACAAGCACCAACACUUUACGACGAUAGAAUUCCAAUUGACAAGAAAUUUAGUGAAUACGCAAAAGACACUGUUGUUAGAUGUCCACCACAACAAUAGUCAACAGAGCCCUGCACCAUUGUAAGAGGCUAACCCCAAAUAAUAAUAAUUAAUUAUUAUUAUUAAUAAAUAAUCCAAUAGGACCAAUAAAAAUACAAAAGGAAAUUAAAUUCAUCCCUUGAGGUAUCCCCAUUGGAAAUAGUUUAAUAAUUGGUUAGCAAAUUAUUGUGGCUGAAGGGCACUUUAAAUAAAUGAAUAAAUAAAUUAAUUAUAUUUUUUUUUUUUUUUUUAUAAUUAUUAAUAUUAUUUAUUAAAAAUAUAAAUAUUUUAUUUAAAUUAAUAAUUAAUUCAUAAGGUGUUUGCCUGUGCUCAAAUAUUUAAUAAUAAUAUAACAAUGCUGCCAUACAAUUUAAUUAAUUGUUUAAAAAAAAAAAAUAGAAAAGGAAAAAAAAAUUAAUUAAUACUCGAAAGAAAUAUAAAAUAAUGAUUAAUUAUUAAAGCAAUUAAUGAAACAAUUAUUUUGAUUCAUGUCCAAAAUUAUUGUUACUAUUAUUAUUAAUUAGUUUUGUAUAUUCGUUGGUAUAAAAUGGUAAAAUUUUAAAUUGUAAGAAUAAUAAUUAUUAGAAUUUUAAGAUUUAAAAAAAAAACAAUGUGGUGUAGGGUAAAAUCACAUUUUAGAUGAAAAUUUUAUUUGCACAUAGACUGUACAAUUGUUUUACAAUACAUUGUCUCGUAAAUUAAAUAAAUUAUAUAAAAAAAAAAUUAAAAAUAAAUGCAGAAAAUCUUUAAGAAAUAUAAUAAUAAUUUUAAUAUUUAUUUGUAUUAUUGAUAAAUAAUUAAUUUGUAAAUAAUAGUAUUUAAAUUUUAAAAGAUUUUUGCACUCGUCCACCAGAGAUCAAUGUAUUUUGUAAAAAAAAAUUAAAUCAUAAGAAAGUUAAUUAAAUAAUUUGAAUAAAAUAAAAAAUAAUUAUAUAAAAAAUUUGUAAGUAUAUUUAACAGCUAUUAUGCUGAUGUUAAAUAUUAAGAAUUAAUUAUUAAGAUAUGAAAAAGUAAAGCAUAUAAAUUCUAAAAAAAAAAAGUUCUAGAAAGCUUUGAACGACUGGAUAACAAAAAAAUGAAAUUAAAUAAAAUAAAAUAAAAUUGUUGUUCAAUGCUUGUAGUUAAUAGUCGAUGUCAUUGUGAGUCGUCUACGUUGUCAUAUUUUUCUAGAUAAAAAAAUAAAAUUAUUGUAUGAUAUUUAUUAUAAGAAUAAUAAUAGUUUGAUUUUUUAUUAGAUAAUUUUUAUUGUUUUUAAUUAAACUGUGCCAAUCAUGUCACAGUUGAAAGUAAAAAAUUUUCUUUAUCGUUUUAUUAAUUUCUAUGAUUUUUAUUUAUUUUUUUUAAUUGUUGUUUAU